CCAAUGAAGAUCGACGAAGGAAUCUCAAACCCCUUCCAUCCACUCCACAAACUCAAGCUCGAAUACACCGAGAUACCGUUCAAUUGCGAUGGCUGUAAGGACGCCGGCAUCGGCCUCAAAUACAGUUGCCGGCAUUGCGAUUUCGACUUACACAAGGCCUGCGCCAAGCCCUUUCUGGCCAUCACUCACCCGUUUUAUAAAAACUGCGAGUUCCAAUUCUUCUAUAGCCCCCCCGGACAACGUAUGAGGAUCUGCGAUGCGUGUCGGAACGACGUUACAGGGUUUGUCUACCACUGCAGACGAUGCGAUUUCGAUCUCCAUCCUUGUUGUGUGAACCUCCCCCGAGUGUUGGAUGACGGGGAACAUAAUCUUUACUUGUGUCUCAAGGUAUCGAGCUUCUGCCAUCAGUGUGGCGACAAAGGGAGUGGCUGGUCUUAUAGGUCACAAUGCAAGGGUUAUAAUCUUCAUGUGUCGUGUGUUAAGAAGUUGUUGGUUGAGAGUUGGGAAGCCAGGUAUUUGAAUGGUGACAAGAACAGGGUUCGAGAGUUGCAGACCAGGAUCCCGAGCCUCGGCGGGACAUUGAAAAACCACAACGGUGGAAGAGGGCGAAAGGCGGAGAAAUAUUGUAAGAUUGCUGGUGGGGCUGUUAGGCUAAUUGUCUCCGCCGUUCUUGGUGAUCCUACAUCUAUAAUUGGUGCUGUGGUGGCUGGUAUUUUAUCCAAAUAAUACAACUCCAUAAGAGUAAAUUAACAACAUGCUUACUGAAUUGCUUUGUUUUACAUGUAACUAUAAAGUCUGAAAGUGUUUCAGGUCGAGGAUAAGGAUCGAUGUAGGAUUUUGUAUUAGAGGGGAUAAAUUUUUAA